AUGACACAGACAGUAGUGCCUGUAGUUCAACGGUCGCUAUUAAACCCACAAUUCGAAAACUAUCAACUGCAACCUAAUGAUGUGGCUUUGGCUUAUACAAAACUGGAUGCUCCUCUGCAUAGACUAUCAGGGUUUGCUAUCAACUCUACUUGCCCAUACCGUUUGCUAGAAUUGCAUACUCGCUACAACCAUUUGUUUCCUUUGUUUGAUGGAUCUGGCGCACUUUUCAUUGACAGUGCUCGUUGGAUCUGCCUUGCUCAAAUGGAUGAAUCAUGUCGUAUUCAAGUCACCAAGCUGCAAAUGUUGGCUCCACCGUUGCAAGAAAAUACAACUCCUGCUGGCUUGCAUUUGCCACCAUCCAUUGUAUUUGCAUCCCAUGAUAUGAUGCUAGCGUCUGAUGGAAUGAAUACAUUGGAGAUAUUCAAAGUUGACUCGGUGCCAUGCUUUCAAAUCCAUAAAAUAGCAUCAAUCGUUCUACCUCGAGAGCUUUCUACUCAGGGUAUGAUGAUAUACGAAGCAGUCGUAGCUUCAAAUGGAGAUUUACUUGUAUGCACUCAACAAACAUUCAAUGUGGAAACAUUGGUCAAACCCAACUCAAAAUCAAGUGCUACAGAACAGCAUUUAUAUGAUACAAAAAAGCAUAGAUUCUUGGUUAGUCUUGUGCGUGUUCAGAUACCUGUUUCGGCACAUGCUUCUGACAGCAAUCUCAAUACAGACACCACAGUCAUCGCAGACAUUGUCAUGUCAUUACAUGGUGAAUCUGCUCCAUACUUUGCACAGAUUGAGUCAGAUACGGUUUCAUUGACAAUUGGCGCACCAACACCGUUUGAGUCGUUGAUUCAUGCAUCUGACACUGACGCUACGGUUCCAUCCAAUGGCGAUGAACAUAAUGCUGAAUCCACUCUUUCCAAUUAUUCAUGGACUCAAUCAGGCGAUGAGAUUACGGUAAAUGUCAACCUUCCCAAGCAAUUACUAGUAAAGCGUGAUAUUCGUGUUGUGUUCCAGCCCACCGGCGUAUCUGUCAAGGCUAUGCACAGUGGCCAAGUACUCUUUGCUGGCGAUUUGUUUGAUCAUGUUCGCUCGUCUGAAUGCAUUUGGACGCUUGAAGGAUCGCAUCAGCUGGUAUUGUAUUUGCAAAAAACACACGCUGGAACACGAUGGCCACAUUUGUUUAUGCAUGAUGAUGGUGUCUUGGAGACGCUAGAUGCUGCUACGCUGGAGUCAUAUACCAAUAAGUUGGACAAGUAUCAUAACUCAAAACAGUUGCCCGUUUUGGGUGAGCUUAGUAGCCAUAGGAACAUGGAGUGUGAUGAUUCUAGUGAUAACGGUUCACCUGCAAUGCAUUUCCAAACUGUCACGGAGCGACAAGAGAACAUUGACUUUGAGGCACACUUGUUUUUUAUUGAUCGGUUUGUAGUUGAUCAAGUAUCAUCAUCGACGGUGCUUUCUCAUCGAUGUGGGAUGCCUGGUAUGGCAUGGAUUGGAAUGCAGCUUUCGCAACCACUCGAGCGCUCUCCAGUUGUGCUUGUACAAUCUGAUGUCGACGCGCUUGCAUUCAAGAUCAAGCCUGGUUUGGAAUUGGAGCAUAUAUCGGCCCUAUCUGCUCUUGCAUUUGUUCAAGCUAGUAAGCAGGACAAAAAGUUGGUAACGUUGACAGGAGAUAUGCGAUUGGCACUUGUGGUUGAGUUUAAGCAGUAUGUGUAUGUAUACGAACGGCCAGAAGUAAAGCAAAUGCAUGCAAAACAACUUGUAUUGAAUAUUGGCCAAGGUAGUCAAGGUGGAAUGGUUUUGGGUAUUGCACAGAUUGGAUCUGGACAUGUAAUGAUUUUGACUGAGGAUUCAUUUGUUGGGUUUGCAGUCUAAUAAACUGCGAUAAAAACCAAAUACAUUGUAUUCACGU